AUGGCAACCCUAAUCCUUCAUCAAAGAAGCCCACUGGCGGAGUUUGGAGAACUGGGUUGGCUUUCACAACAUGGUUCCUGUUAUCUUCUACCAUGCUCCCCAAGCACCUUUAGCUCAGCCUACAGGUCUACAUAUCUCUGCUUCUUUGUCUGUCUAGACUGCCAGACUGUUUUGCACACUUCUGAUAAAAUCUUGCUCUUGCUUCAUGGCACAGCUCACUUCCCUUUCCCAUUUGGUUUCCAAAGUACUUUGUCAAUAGCCUACUGUCUAGUGUCCUCAAGUCAGCACUUCAUCAAAGACAAUUAUAUCCAGGGAGCUUUGGUUAAUUACUAUUACUCCUCCUUGCAUGUGUGCAUAUGCGCAUAUACAGAUCAUCAUUCCCUAAUUAGACUGAAUACUGAUUCAUUCCCUGGAACAGUGGUUUCCAUAAAUGACCAAUGUGAAGACCAGUGCAAACUGGCUGUUGUAAAACAUUCUCUCUUGAGGAACUUCUUAAAAUGCAGAUUCUUGGACUGCAUGGGAGAAGAUCUCAUAAAUCUUACUGUAGAGUGA